UUAUUAGAAUUCAUCUAUAUUAUUCUCUACUAUUUACUGUUCUAUUUAUUUAUCUUAAUCGAAUUCGCAACCAUCAACAAACGUCCGAGAGGUAAUAACGUAAACAGUUGACCGUCGGCUCGUGGAGGGGGCGGCGGCACGCGGCGAGUUUCCUUUAAAACACCCGGCCAGUAGUGGCCCGCCAUGGCGCGGCGGAAGGCUAAAAGAAACAUUGAGUCCCUGAAGAGGGAGCCGCACCGCGACGACCACCUCGUGCCCCUGGAGCAGCUGUGCGCCAGGCUGGGGGUGGACCCGGCGGUGGGCCUCUCGCAAGCUGAAGCAAACGCCAGGCUGGAAAGAGACGGUCCGAACAGACUGACUCCGGUCAAGCGCGCGCCCGGCUUGGUCAUCUUCCUCCAGCAGCUGGUCAAAGGGUUCUCCCUCAUGCUGUGGGCGGCCACCGCGCUCUGCCUCCUCGCGUACGGCAUCUCCAUCCUGCAGCAGGACAGGAGGAUGGAGUAUCUGUACCUGGGUGUGGUGUUGGCGGGGGUGGAGCUGGUCUCGGCUGCCUUCAGCUUCAUGCAGGAGCAGAAGAGUUCAAAGGUCAUGGAGUCCUUCAUGAAAAUGGUCCCGCUGCAAACCAUUGUGCGACGCGAUGGUGAGGAGUUCAUCAUUGACACGAAGAUGCUAUGUGUUGGGGAUGUGGUCAAGGUUCGGGCCGGCGAUCGCAUCCCGGCAGACAUCCGCGUCAUUGAGGUCAGCGGGUUUAAGGUGGACAACUCCCCACUGACAGGAGAGUCCGUUCCACAGGCCCUCACGCUGACCACCACUUCGGAGAGUCUUCUCGAGGCCACUAAUAUUGCUUUCUACUCCACAAAUGCUGUCGAAGGGAUGGCCGUGGGAGUGGUUCUCAAGACAGGGGACGCUACGAUGAUGGGUCAAAUUGCCGCGCUGGCCACCGUCAUCACACCCCAGAAGACGCCACUCGCCAAGGAGAUCGACCACUUCAUCUCCAUCAUCACCGUUGUGUCCGUCGUCCAGGGCGUCGCUCUUCUCAUAAUGGCGAUGGUGAUGGGUUAUGCAUGGCUGGACGCCUUCGUGUUCCUGGUCGGAAUCUUCGUCGCAAACAUCCCCGAAGGCCUACUCGUCACUGUGGCCGUCUGUCUAUCCCUGGCGGCUAAACGCAUGGCCCUCGAGAACUGCCUCAUCAAAAACCUGGAGGCCGUCGAAACUCUCGGGUCCAUAUCCGUCAUCUGCACCGACAAAACUGGAACGCUCACCCAGAAUCGCAUGACAGUGGCGCACCUGUGGGUUGAUAUGCAGGUCGAAACGGUGGACUUCUCGGACAUCUACACAGCGCCUGUCAUCGAGGACCUGCCCAAGAGUGUGAGGGUUCUAGCUCGCACUGCCACCCUAUGCACCAACGCCGUGUUCAAGGAUGGGGAUGAGGUGCCGGUGAUGCGACGAGGGGUGAUAGGCGACGGUUCAGAGGCAGCCCUGAUCAAGUGGGUGGAAAUGGCGUUUGGGACUUUGGAUGAGAUUCGGGGGUCGUAUGAGAAGGUGUGUGAGGUUGCGUUCACAUCGUUCAACCGUUAUCAUCUCUGCAUCUAUCGAGUCGCCAACCGGAAGAACGCGCAUUUUCUACUCGUGAUGAAGGGCGCGCCAGAGGUCAUAUUCGAGGCCUGCACGACCGUUCUGCUUCACGGCGAGGAGAAACGCAUCAACGACCACUUCCGCGACGCCUUUGAAACCACACAUGAGACACUAGGAGGUUUCGGCGAGAGAGUCCUAGGCUUCUGUGACUAUUACCUACCAUCCAAACACUUCCCUUCGACGUACGUUUUCCGUGCCGAGGACAUGAACUUCCCGACUCGCGGUUUUCGUUUCAUCGGCCUCACGUCACUCAUCGAUCCCCCGAGACCCAACGUGCCGGCAGCCAUUACACAGUGCCGUGCCGCAGGGAUACAGAUCGUCAUGGUAACUGGCGACCACCCCAUAACCGCUAAAGCCAUCGCUCGAAAAGUUGGAAUCAUUUCUCCGGACAGCGAAACCGUGGAGGACAUCGCAAGGAGACUCAACAUCCCCAUCGCAAAAGUUGACCCUAAACUGGCCACGGCGGUCGUCCUAUGCGGCAGUGACCUAGCGCGUAUGACCCCAGAGGACUUAGCGAAGGUGCUGUUGGUUCACCGAGAGAUUGUGUUUGCCCGGACGUCCCCGCAGCAGAAGCUCUUGGUGGUCGAAGGCUUCCAGAAACUUGGUACCAUCGUCGCUGUGACCGGAGAUGGGGUGAAUGACGCCCCCGCCCUCAAACAGGCUGAUAUUGGUGUCGCCAUGGGGAUUUCGGGCACGGAGGUCGCCAAGGAAGCUGCUGAUCUGGUCCUAAUAGACGACAACUUCUCGUCCAUCGUCCGAGGCGUAGAAGAGGGGCGGAUCAUCUUCGACAACCUCAAGAAAUCCAUCCUCUACACCCUGACGUCGAAGGUAGCAGAGUUGGCGCCCUUCCUCUUCUUUGUGAUGGCCCGUGCACCGCUGCCCCUCGGAACUGUCACUAUCCUGUGUAUUGAUCUCGGGACUGACUUGCUGCCGGCCAUCUCCUUAGCCUACGAGGAAGCUGAGUCGGACAUUAUGAAGCAGGAACCCCGGGACCCAGUGAAGGACAAGCUCGUCAACUCGAGGCUCCUCUCCAUGGCGUACGGGCAGCUCGGGGUGAUCCAGGCGCUGGCGGGCUUCUUCGCCUACUUCGUGGUCAUGGCGGAGAAUGGCUUCCUGCCCGACAAGCUCCUGGGUUCCCACAAACGAUGGUACUCCAAGACCGUCAACGAUAUGGAGGACUCGUAUGGGCAGGAGUGGAGUUACCACGACAGACAGGCGCUGGAGUACACGUGCCACUCUGCAUUUUUUGUGAGCAUUGUGGUGUUGCAGUGGGCCACCCUCAUCGUCAGCAAGACCAGGCGGAACUCCCUCCUGCGCCAGGGCAUGAGGAACAUGGUGCUCAACUUCUCCCUCUUCUUCGAGACAGCGCUGGCCGCCUUCCUCGUCUACACCCCGGGCAUGGACAAGGCUCUGCACAUCUAUCCCCUGAAGCCUCUGUGGUGGUUUAUCAGUCUUCCGUUCCUGCUGCUGACCCUGGCGUACGACACGGUGAUCACCUACCUCAUCCGACGCUACCCUGGUGGUUGGGUGGAACGUGAGAUGUACUACUAACAAGCCAGGGCUGCAUUUUAAGACACCAUUGCUUCUCACAUCAACUAUUUCUAGAGGUCAAAGAGGGGAUCAAUCUGUUUUUCGUAAGUGUUUUUUAAGGUUCAUGGCACAGAAAAAGGGUCAAAUUACCACCAGGGUCAUAAAACUACCCCUGGAAAGGCCUGCUGCUCCUACGAAAGCCAUGUCAAAUAUGUGAACUUGGGCGACAACAUGUUUUAAAAUACGACCCCCAGUCUCUGCUACCAUCCAAACUAAAGAGGAACCAGACAUAUUUAAAGGAGGAAAGCAGUAUUUAGGAAGAUAUGAGAGCUGGGUAGUGUGUGAGAUGUACCAUUGACAAGCUGAUCUAUGCUACCAUCCAGAAUAAAGAGGAACCAGACAUAUUUAAAGGAGGAAAAGCAGUAUUUAGGAAGAUAUGAGAGCUGGGUAGAGUGUAAGAUGUACCAUUGACAAGCUGAUCUAUGCUACCAUCCAAAAUAAAGAGAAACCAGACAUUUAAAGGAGGAAAAGCAGUAUUUAGGAAGAUAUGAGAGCUGGGUAGAGUGUAAGAUGUACCAUUGACAAGCUGAUCUAUGCUACCAUCCAAAAUAAAGAGGAACCAGACAUAUUUAAAGGAGGAAAAGCAGUAUUUAGGAAGAUAUGAGAGCUGGGUAGAGUGUGAGAUGUACCAUUGACAAGCUGAUCUAUGCUACCAUCCAGAAUAAAGAGGAACCAGACAUAUUUAAAGGAGGAAAGCAGUAUUUAGGAAGAUAUGAGAGCUGGGUAGAGUGUGAGAUGUACCAUUGACAAGCUGAUCUAUGCUACCAUCCAAAAUAAAAAGGAACCAGACAUGUUUAAAGGAGGAAAAGCAGUAUUUUGGAAGAUAUGAGAGUUGAGUGGAGCAGGUUUUACUGUGCAUAUAUAUUUUAAUGGAAGAAGAAGAAAAUGAGAUGUUUGGUUACAAUAGAACAUGUUAACUUAUAAUACAAAAAAUGAUCUACCAAAGGAUUAACUGUGCAUAUAUUUUAAUGGAAGAAGAAGAAGAAGAAAAUAAGUUUGGUUACAAUAGAAGAACAUGUUAACUUAUAAUACAAAAAAUGAUCUACCAAAGGAUUAACUGUGCAUAUAUAUUUUAAUGGAAGAAGAAGAAAA